GUCGUCCCCCACGUUCUCAGCCAGCUCACCCCGUCAGUCGUAGGCAGGCGUAGGCAUCCGCCCAUCUUACAUGGUAUUUUCCUUGAAUAGCAUGCUGGUUCUGAUGAUGUGUUAUUCGCUUGGUGUUUCUUUGUUCUUUUCUCACACCCACCGCCGGCCAUUUGUUCCGGAAAGUCUGGAGCAAACAUCUUAUGCCGUACUUUCUAGCUUCUGUGGUGUUUUCCAGAACGAUGGAGCACAUAGUCAGCAGACGACUUCCAUGCAUGAGGGAGUCAUUCGGGAUCUGCCUGCAUUGCCAGCAAUGUUGAGGCACCGCAGCCUUGUCAUACCUCAACCAUGUUUCACUGCCCACUGCAUACGAGCUCGAGAAUGACGCGUAGGACAAGGACAAAUUAAGUAUCACGUUCUGAUCGGUGUGCAAGCCAAAGUUACCGGGAUACUGAC